AUGGAUUUGGAUCCACCGUUUUCAUCCUCUGGUGUUAGCCAUGAACACAUUAAGGACCCGCCAUUUAUUGGAAAGGAUAAUAAUAACUUCAAGAGCGCAACCGAUCUCCUCCUGUCAUUCUCGCUUCUUGCUGAGGAAAAUAAGGCAAAAAUUCAGCAUCUUGUAGUUGCAGCAAGUGAAGAAUUGAAACAACUGGUCCUGGAAAAAGAACCAUUUUGGAUGAUUGAUAAACAUUCAGAAAUGGAGGUCCUGAACAACACUGAAUACAAUCGUAGAUUUUCCUGCCUUGAUGCGACUUUGGAGGAAGUCAUCAGGGUGAUCACAACAGGAGGGCCUGUGGAGCUUCCUGAGUUUAAUAAAAAUUCUGAAACCCUGAAUGUUGAUAAGAGUUUCCCCAAAUUAUCAGCGGAAAAUGACUUUUCAUCCAUGGAGAUCGAGGCAUCCAGGGCAGUUGGGUUUGUCUCUGCUGAUCCUCUUAGUCUAGCAAAAAUGGUCAUCGAUGUGGAACAAUGGUCAAGUGCUUUCUCCAACAUUGUCACGAGGGCCUCGAAUCUUGGAAUUCUCUCAACUGGAGAGCUGGGAACUCCUAAUGGGAAUUUGCAAGUGGUGACUGCAGAAUUACAUUUUCCUUCACCGUUGGUUAGGACACGAGAAAUAUGUUUUGCAAGGUACUGCAAACAGCUUGGCACCGAUACUUGGCUAGUUGUUGAUGUUUCUUUGGAAAGUAUUUUCCCAAAUUUGGCAUUAAGAUGUCGAAGGAGACCUUCUGGCUGUUUAAUUGAGGCACUUAAUAAGGGAUCAUCAAAGGUAACCUGGGUGGAGAAUAAUGCUAUAAGUGAUGGUUCUUUAGGCGGAAUGUUCGGGCGAGCAUCAGCCCUGGCUUUUGGUGCAAAGCGAUGGAUUGCAACUCUGGAAAGAAAAUUUGAUUGGAAGUAUACAUUAGAACAAUUUGAUCAUACUACAUCACCCACAAAGAAAAAGAAAAAGAAAAAUGCCGGAAGAAAGAGUCUAUUAACACUGGCAGACAGAAUGGUGAGGAAAUUUGAUGCCAAUGUGACUUCCUGCUCGGCUAACCAAUGGAGAUCAUUGCCAAUAACUGGUGCAGAAAACAUCUUGAUAAAGACUGGCAUAAACCAUGGCCAGUCGGUUUCUCCUCCUGUUGUUACGGUAACUAUAGCAACUUCUGUGAGGUUACAAAAAUCGCAGAAAGAUGUAUUCAAAGUCCUUUGCAGCGUUAAUGAACGCGACAAGUGGGAUAUCCUUUCCCAUGACAGAGUGGCGCAGGAGAUUGAGCAGAUAUCUUUCGGACCCGACCCUGCCAAUACAGUGUCUCUCCUACUCUCAAUGCCCAGAUCCGUCAUUGAAGCUGAGGACAAGGCCAAGGCCAAGAAGAAAAAGGAGAUCAUGUAUGUACAAGAAACAAUCAGUGAUUCAGUUGGUUUAUAUGUAAUUUAUAGUCCUAUUAACAAGGCUGCAAUGCAUCAUAUCAUGGAUGGGAAGGAUCCCGACAUUGUUUCGAUUUUGCCUAGUGGAUUUGUUGUCUUUCCCGACCCAGAUUCUGGUGGGAGCAUCCUCACAAUAGCAUUCGAAAUCUUGGAUGGAAAUCUAUGCAACCCAGAGCAACAGCUGCCACCCCAGUCAGUAGCAACAGCAUACAGUAUAAUCAAAAUUACUCUGGAUUUGAUCAAGGCUGCAAUUCAACAAUCUGAUGAUCAGAAAUGA